AAGGAGACGUGUUAUCUCUCGAGUUUUUAUGUUCAGGAGCGACACAUUAGUUCCUAACUAGCCCAGAACGAUACGUGUUCAUAGUAUAAACGGAUGUAAUGUGUUUCAAAAUGGGACAUGUGGGCUUGUUCGCAGGGGUCCUAAGUCUGCUUCAUACCACAGUAGCACUCGAGUGUUUCACGUGUAGCAACGUCACUUCUCUCUCUGAGUGCCACACGACCGUUUUCUGUGGGAUCGAAGAGAAGUGUUUCACUAACCUACAAGAUAACCCGGGAAAUUCGAUGUUCAGUCUCGGGUGUCGACCAGAAUCACAAUGCGUUCAGCCAUCUUCCGGAAUCAUAGGCCGCGAGGUGUCGAGCUCGAGUCUGGACCUGGCGGAUCCGGCUGUAGACUGUGAACAGUGCUGCUCCGUGAAUUACUGCAACAAGCAAUUAUGUAGCAGAGCACACAUCACCGGUUCCGGUACAGAUGAAUGCCAAGACAGUCCGGGGUUUAACUGCGAGCUCGUCAGCGCCACGUUCAACAUCUGUGCGGACAUCCACCACGCCAAGUCCGUAUGCCGGAAGUGGUGCGGACUGUGCGACCUAGUGGACGGCGGUUGGAGCUCCUGGGGAGAGUGGUCGCUCUGUGAGCGAACGUGCGGGCGUAGUCAGCGAAUCCGGCUCAAGGAGUGCACCAACCCCGCCCCUGCCCACGGGGGCCUCGAGUGUCCCGGAAACAGGGCCGAGUUUGAUAACUGUACCGGGGUUCCCUGCCCAAUUCCCGGUGAAUGGUCGGCCUGGACGUAUUGGGGCGCAUGCGCAGUGUCGUGUGGUAUGGGGUUAGCUGCAAGGACCCGGAUGUGUAACAACCCUUACCCGAACUAUGGCGGGGACCAUUGCUUCGGCAGUCCGUCCGAAUAUAAAGCUUGCUUCACACAGGGUUGUCAUGAUGGCGCGUGGUCAGACUGGCAAGCCUGGGGAGCAUGCUCCAUGACCUGCAACGGCGGAAUAAGGUCCAGGUCGAGAACGUGCGAUUACCCCGCCCCUUCUUUGUUUGGCAGGUCAUGUCCAGGCGACAGUAAGGAAUACAGCUCCUGCUCAACAACUACUUGUCAGGCGUCUUCUGGAACCCAGCCCGCAAUCUUCUUCACAGUGACGACGCCGACGGGAUAUCUGUUCCAGGAGAACGUGCCAAUGUUCUCCGUCGUCGUCGUUAAUCAGGGCCACGCUUACGAUCAGCGCACGGGGCAGUUCGUGACUCCCGUCGCCGGCGUGUACGAGUUCUACGUAGCGUUCAUCUCCAAAAACGCUACCACACAGUGCUUCGUGCGUCAGAACCGCAACAUUAUGGUGUACGCCCUCGCCAAUGGCGGCGAUAGCAGCUGGCAGUCGGCGUCUGCUUCCGCGUUCCUCCACUGUGACGUGGGAGACCACGUGGACUUGUCAUGCGGCGGCUGGCAGUACGUCGACCAUAACGCCUCCACUAUGUUCACCGGUGCGUUGAUGCGGGCAGACUAGACUUUGUAUUAUUCAUGUUAUAUAAAUAUAUACAUAUGCAAUAAAUAUCCUUUCUUUUACAUGUAUUUGUAUCUAAUUAAUAUAAAAAUUAACACAUUUUAUACAACAAGUCUGAGAAUACACUUAAUGAAACCCUUUAACGCAAUGUUCACUGGGGCGUUGAUGCGCGCAGACUAGACUUUGUAUUUAUUGCACACGUAUUUGUUUAUGUGAACAUAUAUCCUUAAUAUUACAUACAUAUGCAUAAAUUUGAAUAAAUACACAUUAUUGAAAA